CACAAUAAGCUUGCCCCUCAAUCGCACCCGGACAUAUUCCUUCGAUGGCCGCCAUUACUUGGGAUGCAGAAUCCAUCUUCGACCCAGACUCUCCUACAGCGUUCGGCUUAGACGCGAACGAAGCUCAUUCGGCUACUGGGGCGUCAGCAACAGCGCAACUACGAGAUACAAUUCCAAAUGAUGGAUCGGAUCCAAUGGCAUCGUCUCCGAAGAUGAACGAGCAGACACCAUUGCUUCCGAAGAUGAUUUCCCUCAACUCAGGUCCUUGUCUGGUCCCGGGAUGCUCAGGGCGAAUGGUAUCUAUGACGAAGGGAGGGUAUAUACAGCGAUUGUGCACGAUUAACAAGAUGCAUUCCCGGGAAAUCUCUCCAUAUUCAACCUUGUCAGACGCGAUGAGAAUAAUUCGCACAGGCCCAAAGGGUGAACCUCUUACUGCAGCUGAAUUGGCAGAUGAAGAGCGAAAGUUCCGCGAAAUCCAGGAGGUCGCAAUGAAGUUACGAGGACAUAAACUGGGAUCUGCGGACUGAUCUAGAUGGUUGCAGAUAUCGGCAACGAUUGACAUAGGAUGAAUGAUAGUUCACCGAGCUACUAACAAGGACUGAGCAGUGGGGAUGUAAAAUCACUUCCGAACGACCAAAAAGCCUAAAUAUAGGCUGAGAAGUCCG